GCUGGUAACUUGAACUACAGGUCUCAGGUGACAGUAGCAGCCUCAGCAUCAAUAAUUAAGAACAGGCCCAGCCUCUUGCCUCAUGAUUAUUCCCCACUCCAAGAACUCCCCCUCCUGUCCUGCACACUGGUCUUCCCCAAACAGGAGCCUCCAACGAGGGCCCCAGUGGGGACCAUGUCCCCUGCCAUUGCGCUGGCCUUCCUGCCACUGCUGGUGACAUUGCUGGUGCGGUAUCGGCAUCACUUCCGGCUGCUGGUACACACAGUCUUGCUAAGAAACCUCCGAGACUGCCUGUCAGGGUUGCAGAUCGAAGAACGAGCCUUCAGCUAUGUGCUUACCCAUGCUCUGCCUGGGGACCCUGGUCACAUCGUCACCACCCUGGACCACUGGAGCAGCUGCUGUGAAUACCUAGGCCACAUGGGGCCUGUCAAAGGUCAGAUCCUGACACGGCUGAUGGAGGAGAAGGCCCCCGUCUGUGUGCUGGAACUGGGCACCCAAUGUGGCUAUUCCACGCUCCUUAUUGCCCGUGCCUUACCUCCCGGUGGCCGCAUUCUCACUGUGGAGCGGGACCCACGCACAGCAGCUGUAGCUGAAAAACUCAUCCGCCUGGCUGGCUUUGACGAGCACAUGGUGGAGCUCAUCGUGGGAAGCUCAGAGGAGGUGAUCCCACGCCUGCGAAGCCAGCAUGGGCUAAGCCGGGGGGAGCUGGUGCUCCUGGCCCACCGGCCCCGCUAUUACCUGCGGGAUCUGCAGCUCCUGGAGGCCCAUGCCCUGAUGUCAGCCGGUGCCACUGUGUUAGCUGACCACGUGCUCUUCCCUGGCGCACCCCGCUUCCUACAGUAUGCUAAGAGCUGUGGCCGCUACCGUUGCCGUCUCCAUCACACCAGCCUCCCAGACUUUCCCACCAUCAAGGAUGGCAUAGCCCAGCUGACCUACGCUGGACCUGGCUGAAGUCCAGGCCCAGGGAUUCUUACUGCUGUUCCUCUGUCGCCCAACAAGGACCUUCUUCACACAUCCCUCCCCUUCCCAGUUUGUGGUCUGACGCUUGUUGGGCUUCAUGUCCCAGGGGCUAAGGUCUAAGGUCUCUCUGGCUGCUGGGUCCCUCUGGUCUCCUUCCUUCAAGAGUGCAUGCCAUGGAAUGAGAAGCAAUAGGCCUGUGCCCCCAGCCCAGCUAUGUCAAUUUGCUGGUGACUCUUGGAGAACCCCUGCCCGCCUCACCUCUGGGAUUUAAUCCUCUCUCCUGACAGUACAGGAGGUGACCAAAGGACCUCCCAGCCUUCCCUCAGAAAGCUAUAGUGGGUGGGAUCACAGGAGAGAGCAGAUGGUGGGUUAGAUGCCCUGUAGGAGGGGCUGGGUACAAGCUGGCCAGAGGAAUGGCAGAGGAGACCCCAGCCCACCUGGUCAAUUAGGUCUUACCUGGCGUCCCUUCAGUGCCCUCCCCCAGAGCCCAAGAGAAGACACAAAGGUCCUCUAGGCCUCACCAACAGAACAGAAUAGAGACGGGGAAAAUAUCGAUCAGUCCUGUGUCUUUAUUAAAGAGAAUUAGAACUAGACUAGACCGGGCAGCCAAGGGGAGACGUACUG